AUGUCAGAACCGUCCCCGACGAGUACAAUGGUCAAUGGCCGGAUAUACAGCUUGGAUAUUGUUCAACAACCUGUCCGGGCUCGCAUGUGUGGUUUCGGAGACAAGGACAGACGGCCUAUCACACCACCGCCGUGUAUCAGACUUGUGGUUAAGGAUGCUAGUACCAACAAGGAAUUGGACAUAAAUGACAUCGAUACCUCGUACUUCGUCCUCACCGUCGAUCUCUGGUCGGCAGACGCCCAAAAAGAAGUCAAUCUCGUCCGACACUCCGCAACAUCUCCCUCCAUCUCAGCUGCGACAUCCUCCGCCUACCCCCCACCAGUCGAUGACACAUCUGCUUACGCUUCCAAUACCCUUCAGCAAGUUUCAAUGCCUUCAUCAUACAGCCAGCCUCCCCCACCUCCACCGGCCUCGGCCUACCAGCAGACAUCGUCUCAAUACCACCAACACCAAUAUUCUCAACAAGGUCAAACAUCGCAACCACCACCGCCGCCACCGCCACCGCCACCCGGGCAGCAGCAACAAGGUUACUACAGUACGCCUACGGGUACCCCGGUAACCCCAACAUACCAGUCGCAGCUUCAGCAAAACCAAGGCCCCUUAUUAUCGCCAUCACAACUUAGCGCUCCCUCGUGCGAUCCUCGUUCUCAGGCGAGUGGCAUGUUCACGCGGAAUCUCAUCGGCAGCCUCUGCGUGAGCGCUUUCAAACUCACGAAUCCAAACAAUGAAAUGGGGGUCUGGUUCAUCCUGCAAGAUCUUAGUGUGCGCACCGAGGGUUCUUUCCGACUGAAAAUGAAUUUUGUCAAUGUCGGCUCUCCCACCACCGCUCAAACGCUCAAUACAGCCUCGGCUCCCGUCCUUGCGUCGUGCUUCAGCGAUAAGUUUGACGUCUAUUCAGCGAAAAAGUUUCCGGGAGUCAUUGAAAGCACGAAUCUGAGCAAGUGCUUCGCUACGCAGGGGAUCAAGAUUCCGAUCCGGAAGGAUGGGGUCAGGGGUAAUGAGAGGAGGCCUGGGGAGGGGGAGGAUGAUGAGUAA